CUCAUAUACCCGACACACAAGUCUAUCCUCGCCAGUGCUCGUCCGUCCGUCCCAUCUCCCGUCUCCCGCCUCUCGACCAUGAACAACACCGCGGGCAACGCCACCGCAGGCAACGACACCAGCAGCGGCAACAGCUCCGCGAUCUCGCUCCCGCCCUCCCUCGACCUCCCCCCGCACCUCUCUGCCCAGAAGUACUUCUUUGUCUGCACCCUCACCGUCGCUGCCUGGGAUGUCCUCGUCCUCACGCCCCGCACAUGGCGCCUCAUGAAGCAGCAGGGCUGGCCGCUCCUCAAGCUCAUCUACUACUUCCUGCGUCUCUACGUUCCCGCAGAGUUCACUAUCGUUGGGGUCGCUUUCUUCGACACCGCGUGGUCGCAGGCGCAAUGCCAGAAGUUCUUCCUCUUCGAGCCCGUCUGCACCGCCAUCUUGCUUGCUAUCACGUCCUUCGUCCAUGUCUACCGCAUCCACGCCAUAUACGAGAAGAGCAGGUCUGUUCUCUAUGGUAUGGGCAGCCUCUACGCCGUGCAGAUCGUCGUGACUGCCAUUUGCUGCGGCUUCUACCGAUCAACGCCUCUUGAACCGGGUCAAGGCUGCAUAGCAGAGCCCAAACACAGCUGGGUGGGCAUAUAUUGGUUGUCAGCGACUAUACUCUACACAGUUUCCUUCGUCCUUGCCGUCAAACGCUCGCACAAGGCAUGGAGUGCAAAGCAUGUCAACCUCUGGAAACUCAUGCUCCGAGAUGGCCUCAACCUAUAUGCGGCGAUCUGGCUCGUCAACAUGGUCAACAUGCUCUUCUGGUUCAUCAUCACGCCCACUGGCCCCGAGGACCCCAUCCGGACCAUUGUGACCAGCAUGGCCGCGGUCCUGACGGCCUCCAUGACCAUGCGCAUCAUCCUCGCGGUGCGCGGGCCGCUCACGAACGGCGGGCGCUAUGCCGGCUCGAAGGUCACGCGGUCCGCAGGCACGAUCCGCUCGCAGCGCGCGGCGGGCGGCGUGGGCACGAACCCGGUGCUGUCGGUGCAGCAGGUGCAGCCCGCUAUGUACACGGUGCCGCUCGGCGCGGAGAACAAGACCGGCGACUGGGCGGGCGAGGACGGCAAGAGCAGCGUGCACGAGGGCGAGAAGGGCGGAGGCAUAUACCCGAUCGAGCCCGUGAACGCCGACGGAGACGGCGAUGAGGGCGUCAAAAUCACGAUCGACACCGAGACGCACUCGCAGCUGAACGAGUACGCGCUGGAGAAGUAGGGCCUGCGGUGGCUGCGGUGCGUGUGUAUCAUGAGUGGGCUUGCUUCGUCUUUCCGUGCUUGCAUCUGGAUCUGUGUGUACCUAUCAGCUGUCCUCGUUCUUCUUUAUUUAUCGCUUGAUCUACCGUCGCUCUCUAAUGUCUUGCGCAAGUAUCUAGAUAGGAUGUACCAUACCUGACGCAUGCGGUCAUGGGCUAGCUAGAAAAUCAACAUAAAAGACAAAGAAUGGCCGCAA